CAUAUUGGGAGUUUCAAGCAAAAUCCCCCAUUCCUGAAUUUAGCCUGUUUUUAACAGACCUCCAUCCUCAAACCACCCUGCAGGGAUCUGUGUUUACUGUUUCAAGUUCCUCAGACAUGCAUUAUGGGUCUGCUUCUCUGGAAUCAUUAUUUGGUGAGAGCCGACCUCCCUCCAUAUGUUCCUUUGAGGAAGAUAAGUCAUGUUCAGCUGAGUCACCAAUACCAAAGUUUGAACGAGUUGUGCAAGACUAUAAUCUGUCUGCACAAGGUAGAUAUUCUUCACCUGUUUCUGUUACCUCAGAUAUAGAGUACGGCUGUAUCUCUUUAGACUUGCUAUUCAGUGCCAGUAGAGCUUCUUCAGUAGAUUCUGUUAAUGAAACAUACCUUUUGUUACCAGAAUCCCCUAUCCCAGAGUUUAGCCAGGUUUUACUGGACCCCCAUGUCUCAACCAUUCUGGAUGAAUGCCUGUCUCCUGUUUCAGUGGCUUCAGACAUGCAGUCUCGAUCUGUCUCUUUGGAAUCAUUAUUUGGUGAGAGCCGACCUCCAUCUGUCGAUUCCUUGGAUGAAAGCGGGCCACUUUCACAUGAGUCACCCAUUACAGAGUUGGGAGAAAUUCUGGUAGAAUCUGAUCUCGCUUCACUGGAAGGGCAUUUAUCGCCUGUUUCUGCUAUGUCAGAUAUUGAAUUUGUGUCUAUAACAUCAGCAUUUAAUGAGCGCAGACAGUCAUCUGUAGAUUCUGCUAAGAAAAGCUGUCCUGUUUCACUAGACUCAUGCAUUCCAGAGUUUGAACACACUUUAGUAAAAGUUAAUAAAAACACACAACAGAAAUCCUUGUCACCUAGUUCAGUUCUUUCAGAUCUAGAUUGUGUGAUGUCAGAUAUUGAAUGUGCACAAUCAGAUGUAAACUUAUCUAUUUCAGAACAGAGACCUGACUCAUCAGAAUCACAAGCAUCUGAGACCAUGGUGAUAGUACAGACCAAUAAUUCGGCUUAUUUAAAGGAAAUCAGGGUACCAGUCUACAGAUUGGUUUUUGAUGCAGAACUUUGGAAGCUUAUCUCUAAAGUACGAGAUCCUCAGUACAGUGGGGAGACAUUCUUUAGUAAAAUAGGAGUUUUUGAAUAUUGGCACCAGAAUUGA